AACCAUUUUGGUGUUACGAUAUCUGAACUUUGUGCUCCUCUUAGCACUAGUAAUCUCCAAAGCAUUAUCUCGAUUGUUCAAAAAUGAAAUUUAAUAAGCUCUGAGUGUGGUUUCGUUUUUCUCGUCGAGUGCCUUGCCCGAAUCAGAGUUAUCAGCCCCAUCAGUGAACGUUUUCAUUAGAAAUGUGAACUAAAAGACAAGCUGUGGGGAUUACCACAGGUCCACUUAGCUACUAUAUUACGACUGAAGACUGAGGAUCAGUGAUUGAAAGCGGUAAUAGCGAGAGCUGCGCUACUUCGUGACGUGUUUGUUUUAUUUUAAGCUAUGGUUUCUGGCAUUCAAACUAUUGAUACUAACCAUGAAGAUAUGAUACAUGAUGCUCAGUUGGACUACUAUGGAACAACUCUAGCAACAGCUUCGUCUGAUCAUUCAGUUAAAAUAUUUGAUGUCCGUAACAAGAAACAAGUUCUUAUAGCUCACUUACGAGAUCAUCAAGGACCUGUUUGGAGUUUAAGUUGGUCCCAUCCUAUGUAUGGGAGUUUAUUGGCCUCUUGCGGUUAUGAUCGUAAGGUGAUUAUCUGGCAAGAAAUCAAUGGACGAUGGGGAAAAGUCUUUGAAUAUGCUGAACAUGCUAGUUCAGUCAAUUGCGUUUGUUGGGCUCCUCAUUCUUAUGGACUAACGCUAGCAUGUGCCAGUUCAGAUGGGACAAUCUCUAUCCUUAUAUCGGACGAAACGAACUCUUGGCGUGCCUUUCGAAUCCCAGAAGCACACUCCGUUGGUGUUAAUAGCGUGUCUUGGGCACCCUCCAUAAAUGCUGAAUUUAUAUUCAAUCCCACGUUGGCAACAACAACAUCAACAAAUACUAUGAUUCCUCCUAUCAAAAGACUCGUUUCUGGUGGGUGUGAUUCUUUAAUUAAAAUAUGGCGUGAAGAUGUUUCUUCUGGAAAUCCAGAAUGGAUCGAAGAAACUCGUCUAGAUGGUCAUACCGAUUGGGUACGUGAUGUUGCUUGGUGUCCAAGCUUGAAUAUUUCACGACAAUUAAUCGCUUCAUGUGGCCAAGAUGGAAGAUUAAUAAUUUGGCAAUCGACAGCUAAUAAUGAUAAUAAUAAUGAAAAUCGUAUGACGAAUCGAUCGACAGCAGUAAAUGAUAAUAAUAAUGAUAAUAAAAACCCAAGUUCUAAUGAAUUAGUAGAAUCAAAAGAUUUCCAGUCUACACAAUAUUCCACAUUUUGGCGUCCAACUAUUUUGUAUACAUAUCCCGAUGUUGUCUGGAAUGUUUCGUGGUCUGUAACUGGGAAUAUUUUAGCGGUAUCUGGAGGAGAUAAUAAGGUUACACUUUGGAAGGAAAAUUUAGAAGGAACCUGGAUUGCUUUAAGUGAAAUUGCACGUGGUGGUCAUGAUGCAUCCGCUUUAAUUGGAACUGAAGGGAAUAGUCAAACAUCAGAUCAAUCUACAACACAAUUGGCUGCCGCUUAACAGUUACCUAAUAGGAUCUGUGGGCGUGUGUGUAUACAUGCAUGUACUUAUGUAUAUGUAUUCGUGUGUCAAUGCUCUUGAUUCUUUGUCCUGUACACAACUGGUUCAUCAUUGCUUUUUAUUUCACAUUGCAAUCUAUACCUUCUGCCUUCCUGUGCUUCCACUGUUAAUGUAGUAAUAAUAUAAGUGAAGAUGAUUCAUUAUUAUAUUUAGUUAAAGCGUUUGCUGUUAACAUUUAUAUGUUGAAUGAAUAGUUAUUAUUCACUUUGGGAAAUUUUUCGGAAAUUUGUACGACUAUUUCUAAUUACUUCUUUCAAGGGAAAUAAAUAUUCAGCUAAAAACGUUCAUAUUUAUUUUAAACAUGUGUUCCACUUUUUUUCAUCUUGAAACUUAUCAAUUCUGAGUUAAUUUCUGUUAUACAGCUCGUUAAAAACUUUUUCCUCAGAAUGCUUGAGACCAACUUAUAGUUAGAUGUAAUCAAAGUGAUCUAACUAACAUAGAUACGUACAUAUGUAUUUAUGAGAAAUUACAUUGUGCUCAAAUUGCUAAUGUCUUAUUCACGACUCCAAAUAACUAUUAAUUCGAUAGCAUGAGACAAAAAAUAAUCAAUUUUCCAAAAGUUAACUAUUUACCAUAAAGGUGGUCAGUACUUGCGCCUCUAUUUUACUAAACGACAUUAAUGGCUUUUAUUGUUUACGGUUGUCACUAUGUAAAACUUGACACGAAUGUGACCAUUAGCCGGCAAGUGUAUAAUAGUCUGUUUGUAAACCAUUAUCAACAAUAACCCAGUUAAAGACUAAUUCUAGUUGAUGAUCAGGCGCUUGCGACUAUGUACGCUUCAAAACUCAUUAUAACUAGAUGAGUGGAGAUCUAAUACAUGUACUGUUAGUCUACUAUUAGUAUAACCCUCGUCUAUAUUAAUUUACUUCAAAACCUAAGUUAAACACCGAAUGACAUUUGACUCUGCUUGAUAAAAAGGCACAAUUAGGUGUUGACAUAUUCGUCCUCUGCUUCUCAUCGUCAAUUAAAUUUCUAAUUACUUUUAUUAAAAUCCUGUACAAUGUAAUGGUAUGUUGGCUAUUCAAUUAGUAAUCGUGAAUUUUAGCUUUGAAUACUUAUAGUAUUCAAUUUGUAAUCGGAAGUAUCCUUCAUCCUAUUACAGUCCAGUAAAUAAAUCAAAAUCAUGCUAUUAAUAAGAUUUUAAAAAUCUGGCUUUUUGCGACCAUUGCCAGGAAUACACACACCAAAAAAGAGUAACAUUAUAAUUCAGUGAUAUUCCAAGAAUUUAUCCUAACUCGGGUAGGCAGUUUUUAUCACGAAUCGAUAUCCCCCAGAGAACAGUUGUAUGCAAUUGAAACUUUGUAGUUAUUUUUGUGAAAGCAUAUUUAGCUCAAAACCUUCAGUGACUUUAAACUGACCUUGAGGAAAACUAACUCUUAACCAGUUUAUGAAUAAAUUGGUGAAGCACUCUUUAAGUGUGAAAAGGAAUAAAUAUGCUCUUUACUUUUUGACUUUAAAUAUUAAGAACCCUUAGAUUAUCUUCAGGACUCCGGAAAAUGUGACUCCUAUUAUUUAAUCUCCUGGUAUUUGACAACUUUAAACUUCUUAGUAACUAUAUACUGGUAAUUUUUACUUGUUUCUUAAUUAACUUCCAAUAAGAUGCAGGCUACCGAUCUUUACGUUUCAGUUUUCAUUCAAAAAUCUUAUGAACUCUAUCGAAACUGAUUGGUUAGUCAUAAAAGUGUAUUUUCACCGUUAUUUCUUCUCAUUUUAAAGGUACUAAAAUUUGUGCAUUCACAGUCCCACAUUAAAUUUUUCUAUUGAGCAUUAUACCAUUCACUCGACAGGUUGCGUUCUAUUAACUAUCGUUUUCAAAUACAUCCCAUUUAGCUUCCUUACACGAUCAUCAAUACAUUCAAAUAUUUCAAUUCAGAUUUAAUUUAUUCUACAAUUUGCUACUUUUCAGCCUCAAGCAAACCAAGUUAUUCGUCAUUUUGAGAUUUGUUUCUAAACCAUUUAAUUACAACACUUGCAACUGUCAUGUAUAUGAUGUUAACUUUCUGUAAAACUUGUUUUGAAGUAUGGUAAGUUUUUAAAGAAUCUGUAGGAUUUUGAAUGAUACUAAUUACCAUCCAUUGUCAUCAAUUUUAAAAUAUAUAUAUUGGUUGUAAGUGACCAGUUACCAUAGCAGCUAGGGAUUUAUUUGUUUUCUGGAUUGAAACCAGAAAAGAAAUAUGAAGGUGUAUGUUUUUAUUCUGACUGAUUAAUUUGUUGAGAGGUUUGAAAUGUGUUUUGUAUAUGCUGUUACUUUCAUGUGACCUUAGGUAAUUUGUGAUGUGUUGUUUGUUCUCUCUUUCUUCCUUUUGGUUUACUUCUAUACCCAAAUUAAUGAAACGUAUUAAUAUAUAUAUAGCUUCACUUUGAGAUGCAUAUUUCAGUAUUCGUUAUUGCGAAUAGCGACAUCCGCAUUCAUUAUUUUCGAAGACCUAUUAUUCUAUUGAAACAAUAAACAGACUUUUGAAUAUCAUGGAUGGUCGCAAAGAUAACAGGAGGCAGUUAAUCAUGAGUGAUCAUUUGGUUAGUCUUUUCUUUUCUUCUUUGCUUGCCUUACUCAUCAGCAAAAUAUUUCUUAACGAUCUUUAGAUGUUAUCAAUGAUUUGUCCUUCAUCAAUGUAAAAUAUUAAUAUGUACUUCUUGAACUUCGAACAGCUUCUUAGAGGAGUAUGUUUUGAAUAGACUGUCAAUAAUUGCCUGAUAGACAAAAUUUGUUAAUGAUUCUUUACACUUUAAUUCAUUUUUAAAACAAUAUUUAACAUCUACUGAGAUAUAAUCAAAUUUAUGAAAAACUAUCGAAGAACUAUUUCUUCAUUAGUUCAUAUUUGUGAAGGUUGUGAUUGGUUAUAUUCCUUUUAAAAGGUCAUAUAGUUUUAAUUUCAUUAUAUUCUUUGAUAAACACAAUUUCUUGAUAUAGAUUUUAUUGAAGACGAAACUAAAGUCUAUUGUAAUCAUCUGACAACCGUAUAAUAUAUGUACAUAAAUAUAAUGAAAUAUUUCACAAGUUUGAUAUGGUUUUCAUGCUGUCUUACAUAAUACUUCCUUACGCCUGUCACCCCUCAUGGAUGAGCCUAGGCCACCCACCAGCAUUUUCCAUAGAACUCCGUUCUGGACAAUUCUUCCCAGUUGCUGUUUGUCCUUUUCAUUUCUGCUUCCAGUCCCUGGCGCAAUGUGUUCUUUGAUCUUCCUCUUUUCCGUUUCCCUUCAGGACUUCAAGUUAGCGCUUGUCUCCUGAUGCAGUUUGAUAGUUUCCUCAAUGUAUGUCCUAUACAACUUCAUUAUGUUUUCCUAAUUUCCUCUUCAUAUGGAAGCUGAUUUGUUCUCUCCCACAGUAGAAUGUUGCUGAUGGUAUCCGACUAACGGACAUUGAGUAUAUUGUGUAGACAAUUGUUUAUAAAUACUUAUACAUUUUUGAUGAUAGUUGUAAUAAUUCUCCAAGUUUCGGCUUCGUACAUUAAAACUGUCUUGACGUUCGUAUUGAAGAUUCUGACUUUGAUGUUGAUUAUUUUGAGUUCCAUAUGUUCUUCAACCGUAGGAAUGUUAUUCUUGCUUUGCCAAUCCUUGGUUUUACGUCUGCAUUAGAUCCUCCUUGUCCAUCGAUAAUGCUGCCCCGAUAGGUACGUGGAAGAUUGUACCUCAUCCAGAGCUUCUUCAUCAAGUGUGAUUGAGCUGGUGUUCUCUGUGUUGUAUUUGAGUAUGUUGCUUUUCACUUGUGUAUGUUGAGGCCUACUGAUGCAUGGUGAGCAAAUUAAUGUAAACUAAACUCCGUUCGUAUGUAUGAUGGAAUAGUAAUUCCUUAGAUAUUAGGGCAAGCUUUUUCACUUUUAACCGAAGGUUCUCAUAUAGGAAGUCACUUAAUGUUUUGAAUGUUGACUGUCUUUUGACCUAUUUAUAAUUUUCCUGACUGUAUCUGGACAGAUUAAUUAGCAAUAAUUAGCAAGGUUAUUUUCUACAAGAUAGGGUUACUGUCUCCAUGCCCAACCAUCCUCCCUCACUUGAGCUUUGGAUCAACAGUAACCCUAGAAGAGCUACAGGUGGUGUGUUUGUAUAGGGUUUAAACUUUCGUGUUUUUAUCUGAUAUUUUUUAAAAUUAUUUCUACUCCCUUAAAUCUUCCAGUAAUAUAAGCCCAUAUAUUGGACAAAUUGCCUUUGAAUUAAAAAAUGAUAAUUUUAAUGAUCACAUUUUCUAAUAUCAAUAAUUUGAACAAUAUUGAUUACCGUAAUCAAUACUCUUUUAAUCUUAAAAUUAAUAUUCUCCAUUUUAAUAAAUACAAAUUAAUUGACUGAAAAUUAAAACUAAUAAAAGUUCCUCAAUGAGUUAAAUACAGUAAAAAAAAAUAUAUUAAUUUUAGUAAUUGAAUAGAAUGUUAGAAAUGAAGUAAAUCAUAGAAAGUUUUGAAUUGAUUAAUAUACAGUUGGCUUUUGUUAUUACUUAGCAUAAGAAUCAAAAUGAAAUAACACUCUUAAUUGAUUAUUGUUUUCGGUCAACUUUACAUGAAGAUUAGAUCCAAAAAAUGAUGUUCGUUUUUUUCUCAUUUUAUAUUGUUUGUUUGAAUCUCCUUAUUGAUGUUUGGGACUACAAUUGAUCAGUCUCUUAUUGGUAUAUGUGCAUCUUGUUCGUAUUGCCUCAUAAGCGUUAUAAGUGAAGAUGGAUGGAUAUACCUGCGUCUUAGAGUUGAUGUUCACUCUUGGACUCGAACCCAGUACCGUUCGCUCCAAACGCCAUCAUGUUAUCCAUUUGGCUAUUGAGUCCUGAUAGCCACUUGCUUGUGAAAUGGGGUGAAGUUUAAAUUUACUUGGUAUUGUUUACUUGAAUCUUGCCAUUGAUGUUUAGGACGUCAAUUUGUCUUUAUUUUAUUCUUUUUAUCUCAUUGCGAUCAAGUCUUAGUUCUCUAUAAGCGAAUAUAGAAUAGAUGCUAAGUAUUGAAAAUUCAUUAACAGAAUAACCUACUUCUUAAGCUUUGUCUCUGCUUGCAUUCAUCUUUUGGGAUGUUCCAUGACAUGUUAAGAAGGUUCCUAAUACAUUAAAGAUUGAAAAGUUUCUCAAUAUUUUUCAUCCUUCAGCUAUUAAACUGAAUGUGAUCGACGUUCAGAAACUGAAUGAUAACAAAACCAAUGUGUAACUCUAUUUAAUUAAUGAGGAAUUUCGAAUCAAGGGAAGAUAAAUUUGACAACAGUAUACUGUAGAAAGCAUAGAAGAAAUGCUUUCUAAUUUGUUUGCAUCAUGUGAAAUACGUUGAUGUAUAUUGCCAAUAAUGAGAAAAAUCAUUAUUUUCAUCUUUUAUCACUGCUAAACUUUACACAAUUAGUAUUUUUAUCACAUUCCAUCUACAGAUUUGAUUUUCUAAAAAUAUUUUCAAUCAUGAAACUUAUCAAUGUGACCUAGUAACUAUUAAUCCGUGUAGAUAUGCUAAUGAUAUUCUUUUAUUCAUAGGGUUUUUCACUUUUCCCCUGUUGAUACUCAAGACUGUAUUUGAUCACUUGCUGUUGGUAUGUUUGCACCAUGAACGGUUGGCUUUAUAUUCUCUACAAACACAAGGCUUUGUAUAUAUGUUUCAAAUUCUGACUAGCAAUGGAAUACAAGAUCUGCGUUUAAUUCUAGCUGAAUAUCAACACCAAGAAAAUACAGAACUUUAUAAAUAGUAUUGUAGUGACUCACAUUUAUCACGAGAACACGACUGGUUUAAUAGAAACGCUUAUUAUUAUAACCAAGUGUACCAGUGACUGUCUUAAUGUGCUUUUGUUUAACUGUGCUAAUGACAGCUAUUUUGUGCUUCCAUUCUUAUACUCACACUUUGAUUGUAACUUCGCGCGAAUUCGGUUACGUUCUGUAACCAAGCUUGUAUCCUGGCACGAUCUCGGUAUCCUUUCGAUGCCACGAGAUCGCCAGCAAAUAUAUUUCGACUUGGU